AUGUCUCUGCUGGUACUCUCCGCGUCAGAUGUGGCCAGGGUUACGUCGAGAUUUCACCCCGACGACCUUGUCGAUCUCAUGGCGCAGGUUUUUCAUUCUCUUUCCCAAUCACACAAAUGGACAUCAUCAGGGAUUUCGCAACCGCACCGUGUUGCACUUCCGAUGGAGAAUCACACGUCUCUUUUUAUGCCCUCACGUAUGGCUUCAGUGGGCACCACGAUCAAGGUUGUCUCCGUGCCCACGUCUGCGGCACCACAAGCUGUGAAAGAACGCGGACUGCCGGCAAGCACUCUCGUUCUUGACGAGAACUCAGGGCGGGUGAAGGCCAUUGUAAAUGCAGGUCGCUUGACCGCGUUACGAAAUGCGUCUGGAUCUCUACUCUCCGCUCGCCUGCUCAAUUCUCCUGCCUCUCCACCCCAGGUUCUUUUGACUGUUGGUGCAGGGGCGCAGAUAUCCGCUCACGUCUCAUUGUUCCUCUCAUCAUAUCCGACCAUUCACAAAUGCAUUCUUAUAAAUCGUUCUUUGAGCUCACGAUUUUCUGCUCUGUCAUUGGCACUUCGGGAAAAGUUCCCAAACGUCGAAUUCGAAGUCGGAAUUUUGCCAUCAGUACCUAACGCCACUGCGGAGUCCCAGCAGAGAGAAGUUGUUGACAUGGAGAAAGCAGUGAAGAAUGCGAACAUAAUAAUAACGGCCACCGGUUCUACCACCCCCUUCUUCCCGUCUGCGUAUGUUUCACCCGGCACGCACUUGUGUCUGAUAGGAUCGUACACGCCUGCAAUGCAUGAGAUAGACAGCGAUCUCGUGAAACGGGCUGGCAGAGUUGUGGUUGAUUCUCGAGACGCAUGUCUGUCUGAGGCGGGUGAACUUAUAUCUGCUGGUCUUGGGCCGUCCGACCUCGUAGAACUGGGGGAACUCGUCAACUACACUCAAAGCUCCGAACGCGGAGCUGCGACUAUAACACGCUCAUGGGUGCCGCUGGAUGAAAAGAUUGAUGCUGUGAGGAAGAGCGGCGACAUCACCAUCUUCAAAUCUGUCGGUGUUGGCAUCCAGGAUGUUGCCAUAGCAUGCGCCGUGGUGGCUCUCGCAGAGAAGGAAGACAUUGGAGUAUUGGUGCCAGAUUACGACGAGACUGAUGGGACUAUCCCUUUGUGA